AUGAGGAGAAGUGCUAAGUUGGUUAGUCACAUAACCACCCCGAUUUUUUACCCAAACGCAAGGCCCCAUUUAGGUCAUUUAUACUCUAGUUUACUUUGUGAUGUUCAGCAUCGAUGGAAAUUGCUUAAAGGGGUGGAUUCAUUAUUGACUACAGGGACAGACGAACAUGGAUUGAAGAUACAAUUGGCUAGUGAAAAGAAUCAUUAUAAGAAUCCUCGAAAGUUCGUAGAUAAACUGUUUCCUGAAUUCAUAGGGUUGGAUAAAUUUUAUAAUGUGAAAUUUACAAAAUUUAUUCGUACAACAGACCCAUUUCACAUUGAAAAUGUGUUGAAACUUUGGGAAUUGUGUAAUAAGAAUGGUUAUAUAUAUAAGGGAGAACAUCAUGGCUGGUACUCUAUCAGUGACGAAACCUUCUACCCUGAAUCAAAAGUCAUUGUUGACCCGAAGGACUCAACCCGUCAUAUUAAUACAGAAUCAUUUAAUGAGGUGAUAUAUCAAUCAGAAACAAACUAUUACUUCAAAUUAUCAGCAUUUCAAGAUAAAAUGUUAGACUAUAUAGAGAAUCAAAAUCCAGAAUUUGUUUACCCUUCAUCAAAACGUGAUCAAUUGGUGAAGGAUUUGAAGACAAAUCCGUUGCAGGAUCUUUCAAUCUCGAGACCUGCCUCUCGUCUUCAAUGGGGUAUUACUGUACCAAAUGAUCCUGAACAAAAAAUAUAUGUAUGGUUCGAUGCUUUAUGUAACUAUGUGUCUGCCAUAGGUGGUAUAGACACUUCAACAAAACCAGCAACUAUCCCAUCACUUCAUUGGACCCAGACUACCCAUUUAAUAGGUAAAGAUAUAACAAAAUUUCAUUGUUUAUAUUGGCCCAGUUUCUUGAUGGCUGCAGAUUUACCUUUACCAAAACGUGUGGUAAUACAUAAUCAUUGGAUUUCUAAUGGGAUGAAGAUGUCUAAGAGUCUAGGAAAUGUUAUUGAUCCAAUUGUGGUUGGGAAGAAAUACGGUCCGGAUAUUGUAAGAUGGUACCUAUUAGAAAAUUCCAAGAUUGAUGCAGAUGGGGAUUUUAUUGAAUCUAACGUAUCUUCUUUGAGACAAUUGUUCGUGUCCAAAUGGGGUAAUUUAAUCAAUAGAUGUUGUGGUCAGAAAUUUAAUAUAUCAAGAGCAAUUGGUACAUUUUCGAUGGAUCGUUCCGACCGUAUAUUGAAUCUAUGGAAGGAUAACAGUGAGGUAACAACACAUAUUAAUAAUAUUUUUGAACAAUUGAAUAAGCUUCCUCGGCAGAUGGAUGAAAAGAUAGACAAGUUUGAUCAUUCGAACAUGUUAAAAGAAAUUUGGAAUAUGGUUAAUGAUGCCAAUCUCUUAAUCCAGGUUAGUAAACCUUGGGAAAAACCACAAUUGCAACAAGAUUCAAUAAUAUUCCUGUGUAUUGAAACAGCACGUAUAUUGUCCAUUCUAACCCAGCCUAUCAUUCCUAUGGUCUCCAGUAACUUUUUGGAUCGUAUGGAUAUUAAACCAGAAAGAAGAACAUUGGAUUUUGUGACACUUGGAUCAGAUAAUAACUAUGGGGAGAAUGCCAAUUCUUCUAAAAGGAAUCUACCUCUUGAGUUAUCUCCAUCGGAGAAUGAAUUCACACACACCAUGUAA